AUGUCUGAACGGGAACCUAUUAGUGGUUCGAGCCGUGACUAUGGUUCGACAGCGGCGCCCCCUACCGUUGGUUUCGCGGACUUCAGUCCCACAGAGUUAUAUAACUUGAGUGAGGGUAUUGCAGAUAAUAUUAACUCAAUAAACAGUGGACUCCGAUCUUUGGAGAAGAUGAUGAAACAAAUUGGUGGUCCCAAUGACAGUGUUCAGCUUAGAGAUAAAAUUCACGACACCCAACAGAACGUAAACAGCUCCGUAUCGGCUACGGCCCGUGAUAUACAGCGCUUGGGUGUAGUAGUGCGCCGUGGCGAUAAGCCUCAGAAACUGCAAGUAGAACGACUUACCCAAGCAUUUAGAGACGCUCUGGCGAAUUACUCAUCUGUUCAAAAGCAAGUCUCCGAAAAAAUGGCGGCGCAUAUGCCUUCAAAACCUCGUGUUAGGAACGACCCUCAAGCAAUGGAACAACAAGCCAUCGCUGAUGAUGAAGAAGCGGCUCUGCUAGCUAAUCAACAGGCACAGGCUCGUCUCGUUCAAUUCGAAACAAGCAUGUUGUUAGAGAAGGAGGCCUAUAUAAAUAAAAUAGAAGCAGAUGUCCUGGAUGUUAACCAGAUAAUGCAGGAAUUGGCCGAUAUGGUUAGUGCGCAGGCGCAAACUGUUGAUACGGUUGAAAGUCACAUUGAAGCUGCAAGUGCUGGUGUGGAAGCUGGAGUGGACGAGUUAGCAAAGGCGGCGGAGUACCAACGAAGAUACCGGAAGAAAAUGUUCAUAUUCAUGCUCAUUGGCAUGGUCUUUGCCAUCUUAAUCAUUGUGUGGAUCGUGAACGCAUUCAGAUAG